AUGACCUCAUCAUGUCCUCUGCAUUCGAAUCCCACAGCGGUGAAUCGACGUGGAUUACCAGAUCGUGAAUUGAUGAUGGCUAUGAAAGCUCAAGCCAAUGCUUUUGUGCUCGGUACAAGAAAAUCAAAUUUGGCUUUAAUCCAAACGGGUCAUGUUGCCGACGAUCUUCGUACUCUUCACAAUCCCCCUUCUCUUCAAGGCCGAGGCCAAGGUGAAUUAGAAGAAGAAGAAGAGGAAGAAGUUGAUGGGAAAGAAGUCGAUCGAUUUCCUUUUCAAUUUUCGAUUGAAUCAAUGACCACUGUAGGAGAUCGUAAUCAAACUACACCUUUACAUCUCUUAUCACCUUAUUCAUCUAAUCAACCUGCUAAAUCACUUUGGACGGAUGAGUUAGAAGCUAGAUUGAUGAAUGGCCAUUUCGAUAUGCUAGUUCAUUCUUUAAAGGAUGUACCUACUCAAUUAAAAGAUGGAUGCGAAAUCGGUUGUAUAGUGAAAAGACACGAUCCAAGAGAUGCUCUGGUGAUCAAACAAGGUCUACCUUAUAAACGACUGGAAGAUCUACCUGAUGGUUCAGUCGUAGGAACUGGAAGUGUAAGGAGAGUAGCUCAAUUGAAAAGAGCUUUUCCAAAAUUGGUCUUUGAAGAUAUGCGAGGAAACCUCAACACCCGAUUCUCCAAGCUCGAUAACCCUUCCUCGCCCUUCGCCGCUCUCAUCCUCGCCAUGUCCGGUCUGUCUCGUCUGGGCAUGUCUCAUCGAGUCACCUGCGCUCUCUCUUCUCCAACCCUCAUGCACGCUGUGGGCCAAGGUGCUCUAGGUGUCGAAAUUCGAUCUGACGACAUGCGAACGAGAAACUGUUUGAGGGGAUUGGGACAUUGGCAAACUGAAUGGGCCUGCGGAGCUGAAAGAGGUUGUUUGAGAGUUUUAGAAGGAGGUUGUUCAGUCCCCGUUGGAGUCGAAAGUGAAAUUGAAGAAAUCAUUGAUGAAAUCAAUAUAAACGAAAUUGAUCAAUUGGAAGAACAAGAUCAAGAGGAAGAACCAUUAAAAGAAGAUUCGCCCAUGUUACAUUUUUCAGGUUUGAUAGAUAUAAAACCAAACACAAGACCAUCAUCACCCACAUUCUCAAGAAACGCAUUACCGCCCUUGAGGAAACGAUAUGCGAAAUUAACUUUAAACGCCUGUGUCACAUCGACAGAUGGUCAAAAACACGUUAUACACAAUCCGAAACCAGUCGUAGUCAAAUCUUAUAGACAGGCUGAAAAAUUCGGUGAACAAGUAGCUAGGAAAUUGAGAGAAUUAGGCGCUUCUGAAAUUUUGGAUGAAAUUAAUAAGAUUAGAAAAGAAAAUGAAUUGGCAGAUCUUCAAAAAGCAAUUCAAAAAUCAAAACAAUCAAACGAGAGUGAAUGGACAAAAAUAUUAUCUAAAGGUAUAACGACUCCUACUGAUCAGCAACAAAUACAAUCACAAAUACCACAACAACGACCUCAACUUCAUCAUCACCACAAUCAACAACAACAAUAUCAAUGA